CUACGAAGCUCCGUACAGGGGCGAAUUGUUGAAGAAAUUCGGAAUACAGGGAUAGGUAAUCAACAUUCAACAUCCUAAUAAGCCUGACGACAUUUGCAUUUGCAUUUGCGUUUGCGUUUGCCCCCCUCGUUCUUACUAAGGUUAACUCGGAAAAGAUCAUUAUUAACUUCACAAUUUUAUUCUACGCCAUGCCAAUUAUUGACAGGUCUCACAUAUUUUGUAUUCUUUAGCUCCCAGUUCAUCCGAUCAUCAACACGUUUAUUGAUGCUCUCACGACUCACCUCAAUACCACGCAUGCGUAUAGCUCAGAUGGCAUCUCAUAUCACUCAAAACAAUGCUCCAAAGGCCUCUUCCCUUGCCGGCAGAUCUCUAGCAGAUCUUCCCAAAUCAUGGACAUUUACCUCAUCACUUCCUCCCGACCCUCUCUUCCCAACACCUGCCGCAUCGCAUAAAACACCCCGCGCUGAAAUUGGACCUCGGCAGGUGAAAGGUGCAUUGUUUACAUGGGUCCGACCUGAAAAUGCGAUAGAUCCAGAACUUCUCGCUGUAAGUCCUACUGCAAUGAAAGACCUGGGAAUUCAAGAGGCACAGGGAUCAACAGAAGAAUUCAAACAAACCGUUGCUGGCAACCAAUUAUGGGGUUGGGACGAAGAGAAACUAGAGGGUGGAUAUCCAUGGGCACAAUGCUAUGGCGGGUGGCAAUUUGGAUCUUGGGCUGGUCAACUAGGUGAUGGACGAGCGAUAUCUCUGUUUGAGACCACGAAUCCAACUACCAACGUCCGCUACGAAUUACAAUUGAAGGGUGCAGGAAUAACGCCAUAUUCGCGAUUUGCGGAUGGGAAAGCCGUGUUGAGAUCAAGUAUAAGGGAAUUCAUUGUAUCCGAGGCUUUGAAUGGUUUAAAGAUACCUACUACCAGAGCGCUAUCUUUGACUCUUUUGCCCCAUUCGAGAGUUAGAAGAGAAACGGUAGAGCCUGGGGCGAUUGUGGCAAGAUUUGCCGAGUCUUGGUUACGGAUUGGAACAUUUGAUAUACUACGAGCUCGUGGGGAUAGAGCCUUGAUCAGGCAGCUUAGUACAUAUAUUGCAGAGAAUGUAUUUGAGGGCUGGGAGUCACUACCAGCGAGGAAUCCUGCAGAUGAUGGAAAAGUGGAAGCCAUUGAAAGAGGAAUUUCUAGAUUCACAAUUGAAGGUCCAACCGGUCUCGAAGAGAACCGAUUUACUCGACUGUAUCGAGAAAUUGUACGACGCAAUGCAAUGACGGUUGCAGCAUGGCAAGCAUAUGCCUUUACAAAUGGUGUACUCAAUACGGACAAUACAUCCAUCUUUGGUUUAUCCAUAGACUUCGGACCAUUUGCGUUCCUCGACAACUUCGAUCCUAGCUACACACCCAACCAUGAUGAUUAUAUGCUACGCUACUCCUAUCGUAAUCAACCAACCAUAAUCUGGUGGAAUUUGGUCCGUCUCGGAGAAUCCCUCGGUGAGCUCAUGGGAGCCGGUGGAGAUGUCGAUGCCGAAGAAUUUAUCGAAAAAGGUGUCCGCCAGGAAGCCGCCGACGAACUUGUCGCUCGUGCAGAAGCCCUCAUAACCCGCAUUGGCGAAGAAUACAAAGCCACUUUCCUAGCGGAAUACAAGCGUCUCAUGACGGCGCGUCUCGGACUCAAAACCUUCAAAGAAUCAGAUUUCGAAACCCUAUUCAGCGAACUCCUCGAUACAAUGGAAAGCCUAGAACUAGAUUUCAACCAAUUCUUCCGUAAACUCUCCUCCAUUCCUAUUUCCUCCCUCGCCACCACCACCUCCCGAAAAGAAAUCUCAACCAAAUUCUUCCACCAAGAAGGCGUAACCGGUCUAAACAAUACCCUCGAGUCAGCCACCACUCGCCUAACCAACUGGCUCGAUAAGUGGCAAGCAAGAAUAUACGAAGAUUGGGGACCAGAUGGCGAUGACGAAAAUCGCAUGUCGGAAAUGAAAAAAGUAAAUCCGAAAUUUAUACCCAAAGGAUGGGUUUUGGAUGAGAUUAUCAAGAGGGUUGAGAAGGGGGGCGAGAGAGAUGUUUUGAAUAGAGUCAUGAAGAUGGUCAGUGACCCUUUUAGAGAGAGUUGGGAUGGGGAUCAAGAGGAAGAGGAGAGGUGGUGUGGGGAUGUUCCGAGGCCGGGUAGGGCAAUGCAGUGUAGUUGUUCUUCUUGAGAUGAGUUAUGCUGUUUGCUGUGAGAUGAGACGACGGGAUAGAUGAGAAUAUGAGGUUAUAUAUACAUGUACAAUAAAUGAAUGGGCAAUCCUACGACUGGAUAAAUGGCCGAGUACAUGACUGGGUAUUAGCAAUGCACAUAUUGGCGCCGGGAGUUGAUAGGUUCACUGGCAAAGUUAAGAGAAUAAAUACACCUCUUUAACUGC